CUAUUCCUACAACAUCAUGGUGCUUCUAGGACAGCAAUAAAUUCAGGAAGGAUACUUCAUUUCAGUACAAGUCCUAGAAAUAUUGAUUCUCACAAGAAAACACUAAUAACAAAAUAUCCAGACAUACUGAUGAGAAAGGUUAUCCUGGCAACAGAGAAAGGAUUCCUAAUUGUACAACUGUUGGAUGACUUCCAUAAUAUUUUGACUGUUAGACUACCAACAAAUCUGAAGCUAUCAUUAGCUACGCACAUGGCUAGUGGCCUACUGGACAUCCAUCCUUCAAUUCCUGCUGUUCCUAUCCCUACAAGAGAUACAAGACACAGCCGAGUGAUUGUGAAGAUAGGGAAUGAAAAUAAAAUUUGCAGAGGAGGAAUUGUUCUAGACUACAUAAAAGAGUUGUUUCGAAGACCAGUGUUAUCAAGAAUGUACUUGGAAACAAAUCACCAAUGCAUUUCAUCAAAAUACAUCCAACAACAACUAAAGGAAUUGAGGGUCUAUUCUGGGUUGUCGCACGAUGAGCUCUGUACCCUUGAGUCUACUAAUUUAAUAGAUGAGUUUGAGCAAUCUUUGAAAAGUAUGGAGGACUAUAAAUCAGCCAUUGAUCACAUAUUCCUGUGCUGUCCACAACUGGAACAUUACUUGAAAAAAUUUGUAGUACCAGCACCCGGGGACUGGCCAACUUGGUUUUAUCAAAAGAAACUCAUUGCUCAAGAAGUCAAUGCAGAUGCCAGUUUCCUAUCAGUCAUCCCAGAGCAGGGCCCAUUUCAUGUUUUCCUGAAUCUACAAGAAGAUGUUGUAACAAUUUAUGACUUCUUAUUUAAAAAAGUUUACAAAGAGACAUUUGGAUCUGACUUACCCAACAAGCCAAAGCCUUUUCGCGUCAGCCUGGUAAUAACUGCUGUUUUUCUGGCAUGGGGCAAAUAACGUGAUAAAGUUCUCCUAAAAUUCAAGCUCUGCAAGUACAUAGAGUAUGCUUCCAUUCUGUUUCUUUUAGAUGAGGUGGUUCCCAUAUCAUUCUUCCACUAUCCUGUUACAUUCAGGUCUGGAGACAUGGAAUCAUAUAUAACAAUGAUGUUAAAGUUAUCUCUACUGUUUAUAAUCUGGAAAAAGGCAUCAUUAUGACAGAUCAACACUCUUGAUGCUUAGUGACUUUUCUUUUCACAAACAACAUUUUUCACAGUACCAUGAACUUAAAAAGAAAUGGAUGGCUCUAA